AUGCUAGCUGAGGCGGAUGGCACCGUCCCCCAUGGAAGCGGCAGCUCUAUGAGGACAAACAAUAUCAACACGAACAUAAAACCAGACUCCUCGAUCUCUAUAUCCAAGAUGGAAGACGUGGUCAUUCCGUUCUCGCCCGAGGUGGCCUGCGACAGCAACGGGCAACGCAUGUGGUGGGCAUUCCUCGCCUCCUCCAUGGUGACGUUUUUCGGGGGUCUCUUCAUAAUCCUGCUGUGGAGGACGCUCAAAUAUCUUUGGACGGUUUGCUGCCAUUGUAACAUCAAAAGCAAGGAGGCUCAGAAGGUGAACAACCCUGCCAACAUUCAGGCAGCAGACGGGGCACCUAAAGGUCCUGAUGAAAAGGAGGAGGUCCCUGCAAGUGAGGUGGGAUGGAUGACCUCAGUCAAAGAUUGGGCUGGGGUCAUGAUUUCUGCUCAGACACUCACUGGCAGAGUUCUGGUGGUGUUGGUCUUUGCGCUCAGCAUUGGGGCCCUUGGAAUAUACUUUAUAGACUCGUCAGAUCCAAUAGAAUCCUGUCAGAACUUCUACAAAGAUUUCACGUUGCAGAUCGAUAUGGCCUUCAAUGUGUUCUUCCUUCUAUACUUUGGUCUGCGGUUUAUAGCAGCCAAUGACAAGCUGUGGUUCUGGCUGGAGGUCAACUCAGUGGUCGACUUCUUCACUGUCCCUCCUGUGUUUGUGUCUGUCUACCUAAGCAGAAGCUGGCUUGGCUUAAGAUUCCUGAGAGCACUGAGACUGAUACAGUUCUCAGAAAUUUUACAGUUUUUGAAUAUCUUGAAAACAAGCAAUUCAAUCAAGCUGGUGAACCUAUGCUCCAUCUUCAUAAGCACAUGGCUAACAGCUGCAGGAUUUAUACAUUUGGUUGAAAACUCAGGGGAUCCUUGGGAAAACUUUCAAAACUCCCAGUCACUUUCCUAUUGGGAAUGUGUCUACCUGCUGAUGGUGACUAUGUCCACGGUGGGCUACGGGGAUGUAUAUGCAAAAACCACCCUAGGGCGCCUAUUCAUGGUCUUCUUCAUCCUCGGUGGUUUGGCCAUGUUUGCCAGCUACGUCCCUGAAAUCAUAGAGUUAAUAGGAAACCGCAAGAAAUAUGGUGGUUCCUAUAGUGCGGUUAAUGGGAGAAAGCAUAUUGUGGUCUGUGGUCAUAUUACCCUUGAAAGUGUCUCCAACUUCCUCAAAGACUUCCUACACAAGGACAGGGAUGAUGUCAAUGUAGAAAUUGUUUUUCUCCAUAAUAUUUCCCCUAAUCUUGAGCUGGAAGCCUUGUUCAAACGGCACUUUACCCAAGUCGAGUUCUACCAGGGAUCUGUACUCAACCCUCACGAUCUGGCUCGAGUGAAGAUCGAGUCAGCAGAUGCCUGCCUAAUCCUAGCCAAUAAAUAUUGCCCAGAUCCCGAUGCUGAGGAUGCCUCCAACAUCAUGAGGGUUAUUUCGAUCAAGAACUACCAUCCAAAGAUCAGAAUAAUCACACAGAUGUUGCAGUAUCACAACAAGGCCCAUCUGUUGAACAUUCCAAGCUGGAACUGGAAGGAGGGAGAUGAUGCUAUCUGUCUGGCGGAGCUGAAGGCAGGCUUCAUUGCCCAGAGCUGUCUGGCCCAGGGCCUGUCUACCAUGCUAGCCAACCUCUUCUCUAUGAGGUCCUUCAUUGAGAUUGAAGAGGACACAUGGCAGAAGUAUUACCUGGAAGGAGUAGCUAACGAGAUGUACACAGAGUAUUUGUCCAGUGCCUUUGUUGGCCUCUCCUUCCCCACAGUCUGUGAGCUGUGUUAUGUGAAGCUGAAGUUGUUGCUUAUUGCCAUCGAAUACAAGUCUGAGCAGAGGGAGAGCAGAAGCCGAAAGCGCAUCCUCAUCAACCCGGGGAACCAUGUCAAGAUGCAGGAAGGAACUCUAGGAUUCUUUAUCGCCAGUGACGCCAAAGAAGUGAAGAGAGCAUUUUUCUACUGCAAAGCUUGUCAUGAUGACAUCACUGACCCCAAACGGAUCAAAAAGUGUGGCUGCAAACGACCCAAAUAUAAGUAUAAUGGAUAUGUCAGAUCACCAGCAGAUGGCGCUACAACACCAGGGAACAUUGGAGGUCAAAAAGAGGCUGGCGUUCGAUUCAAAGCUGAUUGCAGUUUAGUUGAAGAUGAGCAUCCAUCAACUCUGUCACCCAAAAAAAAGCAACGCAACGGAGGGAUGCGAAACUCGCCCAACUGCUCACCCAAAAUGAUGAGCAGACAUGAUCCCCUUCUAAUCCCUGGAAACGAACAAAUUGAGAACAUGGAUAUGAACGUGAAGAGGUACGACUCAACUGGGAUGUUUCACUGGUGCCCAUCAAAAGACAUCGAGAAGGUCAUCCUGACCCGGAGUGAAGCCUCUAUGACGGUGUUGAGCGGCCAUGUAGUGGUCUGUAUAUUUGGGGAUGUCACGUCCGCUUUAGUGGGGCUGCGAAACUUGGUGAUGCCUUUAAGAGCCAGUAACUUCCAUUACCAUGAGCUGAAGCCUAUAGUGUUUGUGGGCUCACUGGAUUACCUGAGGAGAGAAUGGGAAACCUUACACAACUUUCCCAAGGUCUCCAUCUUACCUGGUACACCAUUAAGUCGUGCAGAUUUAAGGGCUGUCAACAUCAACCUCUGUGACAUGUGCGUUAUACUGUCAGCCAAUCAGAACAAUAUCGACGAUGCCUCACUGCAGGACAAGGAAUGCAUCUUGGCGUCACUCAACAUCAAAUCUAUGCAGUUUGAUGACAGCAUCGGAGUCUUACAGGCUAAUUCCCAAGGUUUCACGCCUCCUGGAAUGGACAGGUCAUCUCCAGACAGCAGUCCAGUACAUGGCUUGGUACGACAGGCUUCCGUCACCACAGGAUCCAACAUCCCCAUCAUUACAGAACUAGCUAAACCUGGCAAACUACUGCCAUUGGUUUCAUUCAGUCAGGAAAAAAAAAGUGGAACCAACAUACAAAUGAUAACAGAGCUGGUAAACGACUCGAACGUUCAGUUUCUGGACCAAGAUGACGAUGACGACCCAGACACAGAACUGUACCUCACCCAGCCCUUCGCCUGUGGCACCGCCUUCGCCGUUAGCGUCCUCGACUCCCUUAUGAGUGCAACAUACUUCAAUGAUAAUAUCCUCACACUGAUCCGGACGUUGGUCACAGGGGGAGCCACCCCGGAGCUGGAGGCUCUUCUGGCUGAGGAGAAUGCUCUCAGAGGAGGCUACAGCACACCGCAGACACUGGCCAACAGAGACAGGUGUCGCGUCGCCCAGCUAGCCCUAUACGAUGGGCCCUUUGCCGACUUGGGGGAUGGUGGUUGCUAUGGAGAUUUAUUCUGCAAAGCAUUGAAGACGUACAACAUGCUGUGUUUUGGGAUCUACAGAUUAAGAGAUGCCCAUCUCAGUACACCAAGCCAGUGCACAAAACGGUAUGUGAUCACAAACCCUCCGUAUGAGUUUGAGCUGGUGCCCACGGACCUGAUCUUCUGCCUAAUGCAGUUUGACCACAAUGCGGGCCAGUCCCGGGCCAGCUUGUCCCACUCUUCCCACUCCUCCCAUUCCUCCAGCAAAAAGAGCUCCUCCGUUCACUCCAUCCCCCCUACCAGCCGGCAGAAUCGCAGCAGUAAGACCCGAGAGGCCCGUGACAAACAGAAUGCAACAAGGAUGAAUAGAAUGGGCCAAGAAAAGAAAUGGUUUACAGAUGAGCCAGAAAAUGCCUACCCACGGAACAUUCAGAUCAAGCCCAUGAGCACUCACAUCGCCAACCAAGUCAACCAGUACAAAUCCACGAGUAGUCUGAUUCCACCAAUCAGAGAAGUUGAAGAUGAAUGCUGA